ACAAAGCCCGCGCCCAUCACCGUCGAUUCCCAAUCAGACGCCCCACAAUCAUCUCUCGCUCUAACUUUUUCUCUCUAUGAAAAAACCGACCGUUUUGGAGAAUCUCAGGCCCACGCGACUACAUUGAUAUAUCUCGAAUGUUGUCUCUCUGUGCAAUUGUUGUAAAUUCUCCGCGGAUUUUCGAUUGAAGAUCGAUUGUGGGCUUGUUCGUAUUGAUGUGAAGGUUCGGGUUAAGAGUUUAAGGGAUGGCAACUCGGAGUAACAUAGAUAUGCUAUCAAGCCUAGAUGAUGGGCUGCAAGGAAUUGAUGGGAAUUUAGAAGAUAGUUUCCAGAGUGAGCUUGAAUUGAUUCUGCAUGAACAGCGCAAUCAGCACUUUAUCAAGCGAGAAAGAGAUCUGAAUAUAUAUAGGAGUGGCAGUGCUCCACCGACAGUUGAGGGAUCAGUGAAUGCUGUUGGUAGUCUUUAUAGGAACCCUGAUUUUAUAGAGAUUGAUGGCAUUAGUAAUAACAAUGGGGGUUUGUCAGAGGAUGAGAUUCGUUUGCAUCCUGCUUAUCUUUCGUAUUAUUAUUCUCAUGAGAAUGUUAAUCCAAGACUACCCCCACCGUUGAUGUCAAAAGAGGAUUGGAGGGUUGCACAAAGGUUUCAGAUUGGUGGAUCCUCGUUGGGGGGGAUUGGGGACCAGAGGAAGAAGUUGGUCAAUGAUGGUGAUAGUUCAUCAUUGUUUUCAAUGCAGCCAGGGCUUUCCGUUCAACAGGCAGAGAAUGAUUUGAUGGAAUUGAGGAAUGCCAGUGGAAGGAAUCUCUAUCGGCCGACUUCAUCUCAAUGGCUUGGUAGAGGCUCGGAUGGUUUGAUUGGAUUGUCGAGCACUAGGCUUGGUGCAAGGAGGAAGAGUUUUGCUGACAUUGUUCAGGAAGGACUUGAUCAACCUAAUUCCUUAUCUAGCAACCUGUCACAUCAAGGAAGUCGUAAUGCUUUUGGUGAUACUGUGGAUGCUAAAUCCGUGCCUGAUCUCCAUGCCUCAGGGUUAUGGAAUGGAGCGGAGUCCAUAGAGGGCUUGCAUUCUGGAGCUGCUCCACUGAGCCUAGUUGGAGUUCAGAAUAGUACAACAGUUUCUCAUACUUUUGCAUCUGCUGUGGGUUCAUCUCUAUCAAGGAGCACAACCCCUGAACCACAACUAGUUGGGAGGACAGCUGGUUCUGGUCUUCCCCCAGUAGGGAGCAGCAGAGUUUCAUCUAUCGAGAAGAAGAAUGUUGUUGGCUCGGCUGUUCAAAAUGGUCACUCUUUUGGUGUGACUGAACUUGCUGAUAUUGCAGUUAAUUUAUCUGGCUUAAACCUGACAACAGCUAAACAUGCAGAUGAAGAUAGUCAUUUGCAGUCUCUGCUUCAGCUUGAUAUUGGUAAUCAACCUGAUUUUGUGUUCAACGUGCCCAAUGGUCAUAAGCAGAGUCUGCAGCAGAAUUUCACUGACCAGUCCAGUGCUGGAAAGCAUUCUAUGACUACCAACUACAGCGAUUUGGCAAGGAAAAAUGGGGUUGUAACAAUCCUUAAUGCUUCUAAGAUAACUUCCAAUGGGCAAGUUAACCUUCCCAAAAGAACUUCUUCUUCUGCCAGUCUUUACUCAGAAAUUAAUUCUUCAGGAUUUGGAAAUUCCGAAGGAUCAAACUUUCAUCAAAGUACAAGUAUUCCAAUUAUGGACUUUUCUAGCCACGUCACCGGUGCUUAUCCUGUAAAUGAAAAGUUCAAUCCUGCGAUGACUAACCAUCUUGAUGCAGCUCUAUCUAUGGACCCUGGUUUUAUUCAAUACUUCCGAAGUUCUGAUUAUGCAACACAUGCUGUGGCUAGUCCAAGUCCUUCUCAGGGUAGGAAUUAUUUUGGCACUUCACAUGGAGACUUGGAGGGAGUUCAGAAAGCAUACCUUGAGGCAUUGCUUGCUCAAAAGAAUCAACAAUAUGAGCUGCCUCAUCUAGGUAAAUCUGGUGGUUUUAAUCAUGGGUAUUAUGGAAAUCCAUCAUAUGGUUUUGGCAUGCCAUAUCCAGGAAACGCAAUGGCAGAUUCCAUACUUCCUUCUAUUGGAUCUGGAACUCCAGUGUUUCAUAAUGAUCGAAUCUCAAACUUUACUUCUAUGAUGAGAAGCUCAAUGGGAGGAUCCAUUGGGUCAUGGCACUCGGAUAUUAGCAGUAGUAUGGAAGGAAGAUUUGCGUCAACCUUAUUAGAUGAGUUCAAGAACAACAAAACCAGGUCUUUUGAACUUCCAGACAUUGUUGGUAAUGUGGUUGAAUUCAGUACGGAUCAGUAUGGAAGUCGCUUUAUUCAGCAGAAAUUAGAAACUGCCACAGUGGAAGAAAAGACCAAAAUUUUUUCUGAGAUCAUUGCUCAUGCUCGUAUCUUGAUGACGGAUGUCUUUGGGAAUUAUGUCAUACAGAAAUUUUUUGAGCAUGGUACAGAAAGUCAAAGAAAGGAGUUAGCCAGUCAACUGACUGGCCAUGUUUUGCCCCUAAGUCUCCAAAUGUAUGGUUGCAGAGUGAUUCAGAAGGCCUUGGAGGUGGUUGAGGUGGAUCAGCAAACCCAAAUGGUGGCAGAGCUUGAUUGUUCAGUCAUGAAAUGUGUUCGUGAUCAAAAUGGUAAUCAUGUUAUUCAGAAAUGCAUAGAGUGUGUCCCUCAAGAUCGAAUUCAGUUUAUUAUCUCAUCCUUCUAUGGGCAAGUGGUGGCACUUUCCACCCACCCUUAUGGCUGCCGUGUUAUUCAGAGGGUCCUGGAACAUUGUGAUGAUGCCAAUACUCAACAAAUUAUUAUGGAUGAAAUCAUGCAUUCUGUUUGUAUUCUGGCACAAGAUCAAUAUGGGAAUUAUGUUAUUCAGCACGUCCUUGAACAUGGUAAACCACACGAACGGGCUGCUAUUAUUAGCAAGCUUGCAGGACAGAUUGUAAAGAUGAGUCAGCAGAAGUUUGCUUCUAAUGUGGUGGAGAAGUGCUUAACUUUUGGUGGUCCUGAGGAGCGUCAACUUUUGGUGAAUGAGAUGCUUGGUUCCACUGAUGAAAAUGAACCCUUACAGGCAAUGAUGAAGGAUCCAUUUGGAAACUAUGUUGUACAAAAGGUUCUUGAGACCUGCGAUGACCAGAGCCUCGAGUUGAUUCUUUCUCGCAUCAAGGUUCAUUUGAAUGCCUUGAAGAAGUACACAUACGGUAAACAUAUAGUUUCUCGAGUUGAGAAGCUGAUCACAGCUGGAGAAAGGCGCAUAGGGUUCUCGGUCUCCUUCUCUUCUUAAGGUAUCACAAUUUAGAACAAGACGUUUUUCCUCAACCGUCACCACCACCACCACCACCGAACACUUUGUACAGCUAACAUGGAUUUGAUCAAGCUAUUAUCUGGAGCCCUUAUAUUCUAGGAGACUAUAGUAGUAGUUUGUAAGUAAACACAAAAAAUAGCCGGCCCACUGGAAUAAGAAAAUUUUCCUACAAUAUUAACUGCAAAGACUCCAAACUCCAAAGAGGCGCCAUCUUAGGAAGCCGAGAUCAAAGAGAAGGCACAAUAUAAUUUCCUAGCCUUUUCGAGAUUACUUGUAUAAGCUUCAUAGUUUGUAUAGCAAAAUUAGUUGUAAAUGGUAAAUCACAAUGUCAAGAGAGAGGAUAUUAGUCCAUAUUAGGUUUGAGUCUUUGUUACAUACAUAUGUCAAUUUUCUUGAGAUAAAUAAUUUUGCUUUCUUUUGGCUGU